UGGAGAAUGCCGAAGAGAAUGAGAGUCACGAGAUUUCACAAUUCAAAAUGUAUAUUUUUUCAAUUUUUAGCGUAGGUUUGGGGCUUCUCUGUGUUCACAUCGGCGCUUUUUCUCCGCCUAAGUAUUCUAAAUGUAUCAGCAAAGAUUUUGGACAAGGAGGGACCGUUUGUCUUUGCUCAGAAAACGAGUGCGACUCAUUCAGCGAAGGAAUUCCUCUUGGAACGGAAGAAUAUGCAGUUUACACGAGUUCUAAAGCGGGAGAACGUUUUAGUCUUAAGACAGCGAAGUUUGACAAGAGUUUGACGGUUACAGAUGCUGCCUCAAUUAAUAUUUACAACAUCAGCACAGCCUUGAGGCAGAAACUUCUUUCUUCAUAUUUCUCAGAGGAAGGUAUUGAGUAUAACAUUGGACGUAUUCCUAUGGCUAGUUGUGAUUUUUCUACAAGACCUUACUCCUACAAUGAUCAUGUUGGUGAUCUUGAGAUGGCCAACUUUAGCUUGGUUGAUGAAGAUGUAAAAUUGAAAAUUCCACUGAUGUUGACAGCGAUGAAGAUGAGUAAGAAAAACAUCACAUUUUUUGGAAGUCCAUGGUCUGCACCUGCAUGGAUGAAAACAAAUAACAAGAUGACUGGGUUUGGUCAAUUAAAGGGCAAGGCAGGAGAUAAAAACCACAAAGCAUGGGCUUUGUACUUUGCCAAGUUUAUUGAGGCAUACAAGGAGAAGGGAAUAAAGAUCUGGGCAGUUACAGCACAAAAUGAGCCAUCUGAUGGAUUUAUUCCAUUUUUUUCAUUUCAGUGUAUGGGAUACACAGCUGCAAUGGAGAGAGAUUUUAUCAAGGAGGACUUAGGGCCUAUGCUAUCAGCUCGUGGCCAUGCUGAUGUGAAGAUAAUCAUGCUUGAUGAUCAGCGCAUGUUUUUGAAGUCAUGGGCAAACACUAUUCUUACUGAUCCAGAUGCUGCUAAGUAUGUUGCUGGAAUUGGUGUUCACUGGUAUGAAGAUAUAUUUCUUCCUGCCAAAGCGCUGAGUGACACUCACAACAGGUUUCCUGAUUACUUCAUUCUUGCUACCGAAGCCUGUAUUGAUCCCCACCUCUCCAAACCUCCUAUAGUCAGCCUGGGGAACUGGGCGAGAGGGAAUCGGUACAGCCAUAGUAUAAUUGAGGACUUGUCCAACUGGGCUGUUGGAUGGGUGGACUGGAACAUAGCUCUCAACAUGGAGGGAGGACCCAACUGGGUGAAGAACUUUGUUGACUCUCCAAUUAUUGUAGAUGCAGAGAAAGGACUUUUCUAUAAACAGCCAAUGUUUUAUCAUUUGGGCCACUUUAGUAAGUUUGUGCCUCCUGGCUCACAAAGAAUUGAGGUUACAGCAAGUGGCAAAUCUCCCCUUCAGUUCAUUGGUUUUACUACUCCAGCACCAUCCACGUCAACAGUAGUUAUUAUACUCAACAAAGAUGACUCUGCAGUUGAAUUGCAAAUUAAUUCUCAAGAUGGUACCAUCACUGAGACUGUGCCACCAUCUUCCAUUCAAACUUACAUCUGGUAGAAUUGGCACAAGAAUGAAGAUGAUAUUUUAAUCCAUCAUACAAUACAUUCCUGAAUCAAAAAUUCUUCACUUAGAAUUGAUUGUUCCUAUCAAAAACUGCUGUGUGAAAAGGUUAAGAGAAAAAAAAUUAAUAAAACCCUGCUGUUUCAGGGAAUUGGGAAGCUUUAAGACAAAGAGAUAUGUCCAGGAGAAAACUAAUUCUGCUUAUUCGUUGAUUGAAAAAGUAAAUUAAAGAAUUCUUUGAGGAAAACUGCUAGGGAAAAGAGACUCGUGUAGGGAUGUUCAAGCUUUAAAGUUUCAUAUGCAUUAAAAGUUUCUUUAAGGCAUAAGA